CCGGGCUGAGCCGUCGCCGGUGAGUCCGGGCCGCCCGCGGAGGGGCUUCUGCGCCGGCGUCCGCCCCGGCUCCCAAUGAUGACAUGGCGGCUGCAGGCCUGCCUGGAGAGAAGUCUCUGCUUACUGUCAAAGUUGUGUCAGCAAAGCCCGAGGUGCACGGCCGUCAGUCUCGGAUCAGCUCCUUUGUGGAGGUGGCAGCAGAUGGGCUCAGCAGUGAGACCAAGAAAACAGGGAAACGGAUCGGGAGCUCGGAGGUGCUCUGGAAUGAAAGCCUCAUGCUGAAUGUCACAUCUCAGAGCCACCUUGAUGUGAAGCUGUGGAGCUGCCACACCCUCCGGAACGAACUGCUGGGCUCGGCGUCUGUCAGUCUCUCCAGUGUGCUCCAGCAGAGCAGGGGGAAAGUGGAGAACCAGCCGCUGACCCUGAAGCUGCAGACGGAGCACAAGGGGAGCCUUGUCUCAGGUGGGGAGGUGGCGCUCUUCCUGCAUGGGCCCGGUGUCGAUGUGGGAAGCAUGCCCAACGGCAGCCUCGUGGCAGAGGGGUGCCAGGUGAGCGACAGGGAGCUCGGGGGCACGGCUUCCUUGCCAGAGGGCAGGCAUCAAACCCCUGGCACCAAUUGCUUUGGCGGCCGCUCCAGGGGACACAGACAUGCAGCUGGAGGGACUGGGCAGAGCAUGGCAAACGGAGAGCAGAGCCCUGGAACCGGAUCGUCGCAGCUGGGCCAGAGCCAGGCCGACACAGUGAAUGGCACAGUGAAUGGAGAGCCUGCCGGUUUGGCCCCUCAUGCUGAAGAAGAGCAGGCUGUGAGCCCCGAUCCCAGCGCAGCGGGUGAGCCUGCGGAAGCAGAGGAGCCCACCUCCGGCUUGGGGACAGUGGCUUCCCAGCCAGCAGCACAGGCACCGGAGAUGCUGCCCGCAGGGUGGGAGCAGCGGGAACUGCCCAGUGGGAGGGUGUAUUACGUGGACCACAACACCAAGACCACCACCUGGGAGCGGCCCCUUCCCCCGGGCUGGGAGAAGCGUGUGGAUCCGCGAGGCAGGUACUACUAUGUGGACCACAACACUCGAACCACCACCUGGCAGCGCCCCACAGCUGAGUACGUGCGCAACUACGAACAGUGGCAGAGCCAGCGCAACCAGCUCCAGGGAGCCAUGCAGCAGUUCAGCCAAAGAUUUCUCUACCAGUCUUCGGGUGCCCUGUCUGACAACGACCCGCUUGGCCCCCUUCCUCCUGGCUGGGAAAAGAGGCAGGACAACGGGCGAGUUUACUAUGUGAACCACAACACUCGCACCACGCAAUGGGAGGACCCCCGCACUCAGGGGAUGAUCCAGGAACCGGCACUCCCACCGGGCUGGGAGAUGAAAUACACAAGUGAAGGAGUGUGCUACUUUGUGGACCACAACACUCGCACGACCACCUUCAAAGACCCCCGUCCUGGGUUCGAGUCCGGGAGUAAGCAAGGGGGCUCCCCCGGUGCCUAUGACCGAAGCUUCCGCUGGAAAUACCACCAGUUUCGCUUCCUGUGUCAUUCGAAUGCGCUGCCCAGCCAUGUCAAGAUCAGCGUCUCGCGGCAAACGCUCUUUGAAGACUCCUUCCAACAGAUUAUGAACAUGAAACCUUAUGACCUGCGUCGCCGGCUGUACAUCAUCAUGCGCGGGGAGGAGGGCCUGGAUUACGGCGGCAUUGCCCGGGAGUGGUUCUUCCUCCUGUCCCACGAAGUGCUCAACCCCAUGUACUGCCUCUUUGAAUAUGCUGGCAAGAACAACUACUGCCUGCAGAUCAACCCGGCCUCCUCCAUCAACCCGGACCACCUCACCUACUUCCGCUUCAUUGGCAGGUUCAUCGCCAUGGCCUUGUACCAUGGCAAGUUCAUCGACACGGGCUUCACGCUGCCUUUUUACAAGCGGAUGCUGAACAAGAGGCCCACCCUGAAGGACCUGGAGUCCAUCGACCCCGAGUUCUACAACUCCAUCGUGUGGAUCAAAGAGAACAGCCUCGAGGAGUGUGGCCUGGAGCUCUACUUCAUCCAGGACAUGGAGAUCCUGGGCAGGGUGACCACCCAUGAGCUGAAGGAGGGAGGGGAGAGCAUCCGGGUCACCGAGGAGAACAAGGAAGAGUACAUCAUGCUGCUGACGGACUGGCGGUUUACUCGUGGGGUGGAGGAGCAGACCAAGGCCUUCCUGGACGGCUUCAAUGAGGUGGCACCUCUGGAAUGGCUGCGGUACUUCGACGAGAAAGAGCUGGAGCUGAUGUUGUGCGGCAUGCAAGAGAUUGAUCUAAGCGACUGGCAGAAGAACACCAUCUACCGGCAUUACACCAAAAACAGCAAGCAGGUCCAGUGGUUCUGGCAGGUAGUCAAGGAGAUGGACAACGAGAAGAGAAUUCGGCUGCUGCAGUUUGUGACAGGGACGUGCCGGCUGCCUGUGGGAGGAUUUGCUGAACUCAUUGGUAGCAACGGGCCUCAGAAGUUCUGCAUUGAUAAAGUGGGCAAGGAGACGUGGCUGCCCCGGAGCCACACGUGCUUCAACCGCCUGGACCUGCCUCCCUACAAAAGUGUGGAGCAGCUGAAAGAAAAGCUCCUUUAUGCCAUCGAGGAGACGGAGGGCUUCGGGCAGGAGUGAGGGCACUUGGUCAGCCAUAGGCCAAUGCCAGCUGUGCUCCCUUGGAGGAGAGGCAGGCAGAGGGUGUCGGCUGGCCUGUGCAAGGAGAUGCUCGGGGCAGAAAGGCCCUCUCUUCUCUUCCUCCCACCCCCCAAGUCGGAGGUUGGCCUCUGGGCCCUUGGGGCCCUUCCAGGGCUGUGAGCUGCAUUGCAUUGCGUUCCCUUAAACCGCCAGCCUCCGCCUCGCCUCCCUGGGGAGCAUCCGUUCGCACUUCCUUGCCCCACCCUGGGGGCUGUGGGGUCCGUUUGCCCCAUCCCUGGGUAACGUGGCCUGUUGCUGCAGCUGCCUGUGGAGCAGUCCAGAAUGCCACCCCUGCCCUCAACCGGGGCGUGCUGAGCACUUGAUAUAAACAAGCAUUUUUAUUGAUGGCGAAUU